AUGCCAAUUCCUGCAGAUGGAAAUGAUCCGUUUACUACUACCACUCUCCAAAAGUCUUUGGAUACUUGUGCCAGUAAUGAGGAGGGGAAUCAACAUAUGACAUGUCACCCAAAGUGUGGCCACCACUCUUUUAUCGAGAAUAAGGACGAUGAUGAUGAUUCUUUCUCUACCUCCUCUUCUUCCUCCUCUUCAGUCGCAUCCUCCUGUGAUUCAACCAAAGACUCAAACGCUCCAUUGAAACGUCGACACCAAUCAACAACCAGCUUGGGCAAACGACUUUUGAACUAUCGACGAGACGACGACGUGUGGGUCGACAUUUCAAACACGCGAUUAGCAAACUCGCGAUUAGGGUCGCUGUAUGCCGGCUCAAAGUUUAAAGGAAGACAGCAAUGCGAUACUUCAACAUACGAUGUUUCAGUUGACAUUUUGCACGUGGAUCUUAAAGAGAGUACUCUUACUGGUUAUCUCAAUAUCAAGGGGCUCACAUCGGACUGUAAAGAAUUGACUACUUUCUUUGAAGCCGAGAUCAUUGGUUCAAAGUACUCCUUCCUUACCAGAAAGUGGAAAGCUCAGAAAAGUACGGACUUGUCGCACUGGAGCCGUUUCCCAUCAUUCAAGCCGUACAAGGAUGUGUUUAGUGAUGAUGAUUUUACAUAUCGACCAGAGGAUGAGGACUUCAUUUAUAUGCGUUGGAAGGAGAAAUUCCUCGUUCCCGAUCAUCGGGUACAAAAUGUGGAAGGAGCAAGCUUUGCAGGAUUCUAUUACAUUUGCUAUCAAAGAUCCACCGACCAGAUCAAGGGAUACUACUUUUUCUUGCACCAAACACAAAUCGUAUCGAGCUUUCAAGAACUCUCUUUGAAACAUGUUCAAGAGCGAUCCUUUGGCCAUUUCGAGCUUCGUUAG